AUUUAAUCUCGCGGUGACGUUGUCUCCUAGUAUCCAAAAUGUCGGCUUUGGAUGAGGAAUCGAUUUCUGACGCCGAACGGGUGAGAGUAGCAUCCAACUUCAUCCUACAUGCACCACCAGGAGAAUUUAACGAAGUAUUUAAUGAUGUGAGAAUUUUAGUCAACGAUGAUAAUUUGCUGAAAGAUGGUGCUUCUGGGGCUUUUGCGCAAUAUAAUAGAGACCAAUUCACUCCAUGCAAAAUAGAAGGAUCAGAAUACCAGGCUUUGAUCACGGAGUAUGGAGACCUCGGAGGUGGGCGAUAUUUGGACCCUCGUACAAAACAGUCCUUCAGAUAUGAUCAUUUACGGAAAGAAGCCAGUGACUUCCAGAAAGCCGACAUUGAUCGCAAUGCGGAACCCUGGCGGGCCGCGAUAGAAUCGGCCCUCGCCGCGUACACUGCGUCAUACUAUGAGCAUGGAAUCUGCACAGUGUACGGCAGCAGUUCAGGAAGUGACAUCACCAUCACCGUGUGUCUAGAGAGCCAUCAAUUCCAAGCCAGGCAGUACUGGAAUGGCAGAUGGCGGUCUCAAUGGUCAACCACAUUUUCUUCAACUGGAGGUUCAGCAGAGCUAAAGGGUAUUUUAAGAGUGCAGGUUCACUAUUAUGAAGAUGGAAAUGUGCAGUUAGUUAGUUCAAAAGAAACUAGUUCCAAAUUGAAUGUAACCAAUGAACAACAAACAGCCAAGAAUUUUGUUAAUAUUUUGUCUGAAACCGAGAGUGAAUAUCAGACAGCCCUAUCUGAAAACUACCAGACCAUGUCCGACACCACAUUCAAAGCCUUGCGAAGACAGUUACCAGUGACGAGGACAAAGAUUGACUGGCACAAAAUUAUUAUAUCAGGCUACAAGAUAGGAGGAGAGCUGAAACAGUCCUGAUUCCUCUGUCGUCUUCGGUUUCUUUCAAACAAUUCUAUAUUAUUGAUGCAAUUUCACCUCUGACCUGUGACAUGAUCUAUAUAUAGUACAUGGAGUCAAGGACAUUGCUACAGAUACGGCUUCCUGUGUACUUAUUUGCAAAUUGGACAUCUUUAUGCAUCGUGGCACAUUUAUACAUGUAUUUAUCAUUCAGAUUGGAAAAGUAUAGUUUUGAAAUAUGUAAAAUAACCCUUAAAAAUUAAUUAUUACUAAGUUGGCAGUUUUCAUUAGCAUACAAUCAUGACCAGUGAUGUGAAUAAUAUGUGUGGUUGUCAUCGACCUUAAAACAUGCCAUGGUCAUUCAGACAUCUAUUUUUAUGUCAGAUUGUCAGUUUAAAACCAAGACUUUCAGAAACAUGCAAUUAAUGACCACUGUUUAUGAAAUCGUCAAAACAGUUAAUUGAUGUUAAUUUUAUGUUGAUUAUAGUGUAACCAAUUACGUAUGCUGCUGAAUUACAUGACAUAGAUAUUGAUCAAAUUUUGCUGAUUUGUCUUGUGUGAAAUUCCUUUAUGCAAUUGGUUAUGCUUCUGCUAUUCUUGUAUUCUUUUCAGCUUUGUAGUGCUGAAACUUAUAAAGCUAAAGUAAAACAUGUUUGUUUGCUCAUACAUUGAUUACUACAAUAAUAUAUAUAUAUAUACUCAACAAUGAAAGUUUAGCUAAUGUUAAAAGAAAUGGCAUAACAUUUAUAAAUUAACCUAUUUUUAUUA